CAGUGACAACUUCAAUAAGACCCCUUUUCUUUCCAUUGUAAGAUAAGACUAGAGCCCAAACGUAAAACAAAACGACGACGACAAUGUUAACGAAGGGGCUUGGAAUUAUAGUCUUUAUAUGUUUGGUAUGGGGAUCUCUUUCUAGUUUAGCCUUCGUACAACACGAUCGACAAACUGCGCAACUUUUGUCGAACAAUUUUUCAGAUGCUAGCACUAGAGUAUACGUUUCACCAAACCAAAGCGACGGCUGCAGCAAGAAUGACGACGAUUUGAGUGAUUCAAGUCGAAGAAAGGUGAUGCAAACGGGCGUUUUUUCCCUCGCCAUGGCCGGUAUGCCCUCAAGGAGUGAGGCAGCAUGGAAAAAAUCACGCUCCGAUGGAUAUAAUUUUCAACGAACAGAAAAGGAAUGGAAAUCCAUGUUGACACCGCGUCAGUACGAAAUUCUCAGAAACGGAGGAACCGAACGCCAAUACUCUUCGGUUCUGGAGGGGGAAGAAAGGAAUGGUAUUUAUUCCUGCGCGGGUUGCCAAAGUCCUCUCUUUGCGUCUGAGGCAAAGUUCCAUAGCGGUACCGGAUGGCCCAGUUUUGCUACGGCACUCGAUGGCGUGGAGAUCGAACCGCUCAACGUGGUGCAAGCAAACCUAGGUGGAGCAGAGUUGCGGUGCCAAAAUUGUGGCGGUCAUCUGGGUGAUGUUUUCCGGGACGGCUUUCUAUUUGUGGGAACCCCCGCCGCAGAAUCUGGAAAACGCUUUUGCAUCGACGGCUCCGCAUUGGUAUUCAAGCCCUCGGGCGACGGAGAGGAGGUCAUUGGAGACGAGAUACCCUCCCGAGUGCAAUACUAUUACAACUAAUUUACUAUGUUUGAUCUUAAUUCAUUCUUUUAAUCUUUCCUCCAUACACUAAUCUUCCAGUAAUUGAAUCGAGAUUCUCCUAUUCUCGAGGAACUCGAAGAAAUCGGCUAUUAGCUU